UUUGUCCCAAAGCGCCUCUUCUGGUCGUCGUCAUACGACUUGUCGUCGCUGACGUGGAUCGACGCGAGCGAGGUCACACUUCGUCACCAGUGACGACGAGCACGGCGUCAAAGUUUGGAGGCAAGGGAUGAUGGACGACAGUGCCAACGACUCAACGACAGACGAAGAAGAGCACCUGGACGGAACGUCUCCUUCAAAAGCGUCGGGCAAGCGGGAAGGCAACGAGUCCGAUGGCAACUCGCCCAGGAGACGGAAUACGACUUCCGUGCAGCCUGCUGACCGGGAAAUCCACAAUGAGCUAUCCUGGCACUCGCAAGAGGCUUCCGAAAUAGACGAGGAUGUGAGAGAGGACGAGUGUGACUCGACUUCUUCGACGCCCACAAGCUGCCAGGCGAGAUUGGGUCAAUAUGCCGCCAUCUCGCAGAGCGCUGCCGCCGCCUCACCAGGCGGCGCCCACCAGUUCUACAUCCGAACAGGACAGAUGAUCAUACAAGCCGCCACGGGAGACAUCCCCGCCUGCCAGUUGCGCUCGCCCACCUCAGGCCUAGCCCACAGCAUCGUACUGGCGGCGGCACCGGGCGCCACGCACGGCCCACUGUUGCACCACACCGAGGAAGUCACCCGCAAGAGAGAGGUCCGGCUCAUGAAGAACAGGGAGGCUGCGCGAGAAUGCCGGCGGAAAAAGAAGGAGUACGUCAAGUGUCUGGAAAACCGCGUGGCCGUGUUGGAGAACCAAAAUAAGACACUGAUUGAGGAACUGAAGGCGCUCAAGGACAUUUACUGCCACAAGGGAGAGUAAGAGUAUGCCAAAGCUGCUCCCAUUUGUUUCUCGCCUCCGCCGCAACCCGACAAACUGUCGUGACUGCGUCCGCUUGCUCAAGCCUUUGCGAUGUGUGUCUCGUCCAAAGGUCAUCGCGAAGAACAUGAGGGGACAGACAUUAUCGGUAGCUAAAGAUGCUCCGGGUGGCCGUGGGAAUGACAAUUCUAUUUCUCAAAAGCGAAAGAUAAGCUAAAAUUGCUAACAAAGUGCUAACAAAGCGUGUUUAUUUUCUAACAAAAAUGUAUUUGUGUACUUGUGUCCACAACCAUCACUCUUGUCCUCAAACAUCACCUUAAGGCAGUCAAUGAGUUGUCAUGACAACAGUAAUGCUAUAGCCCAGGCCAGUGUAGUAUCCCGUUGAUUUUUAAGCUCUUCCUUUUGGGGUUCACUCUUUCCAUAUGUGACUUCAAUGAAUACAAACAAGGAUUAUUUCUUGGCAAAAUGAGCUCAACUAGUCGCCAAUAAAGCACAAUCGUUGACAGACAUGAUGAUAAAUUCACAAUGUUAAAUGCCAACGAAGCGCAUCUCUUUUGUAACAUCGGUGGGAUUAUUGUGGUCUUUGUUGACAGGCAAUAUGCAAUUCUUUACAAUAGAACUGAUGCUAAAGCUAACAAAUCAGUUUGUCCUGGCUGCUCCACCAUCAUUAAUAGAAAUUGUCAAUAUGGUUGAAUGGUCAAGCUAUUCUACAUGUUACACGAGCAGGCGUAGUGUCUCGACCAUUUUUAUGUUAAUUUGUUACAUAUCGUUGCUUGAAAUCAUACCAAGAAUAAAUUAUUUGUCUAUCAAAGCACAACCAAAACCAGUCGAUUAUUAGUUAUCACACAUAACAAAUGAUCAUUAUUUUGAAAGAUGAUUUAACACCUUUUUAGAAACACAAGUGCCCCAAUUGUCCUUUUUGUACAUUUUGUGUUUUUGUUGUGGCGUGAAUAAAGUUGUUUUGUGGCUAAGAGA